AUGCAAAGCCAAAACUUCAUCACGGUGCUUUCUGUCCUCUUCCUCGCUGAAGGAUCUGCCGGCAAUAGCUUUGAGAAUGAAUCUACUGGUUCAGGAGAUGGAUCGCUACUGUUAUCUACCAUCACAGUAACACCUCCUUUUGUUGUGCCUACUACAUAUUCUACAACUGUGGAUGACCAUGAACACGUUGCUACAAGAGCUCCUGAAAGCAGCUUUGAAACAAAAAGUACAAGUACUGAAUUGAAUACUACGAGCAAUAAUGACAGCCUAGAAACAGCAGAACAGUCUAUCUUGAUAUAUGUUGUCCCUGUCGUGCUGCUGGUCCUGCUGGUUUUGCUGAUCACAUUUUUUGUAAUACAUCAUAAAAGGAGAAAGUCUAAACAAGAUGAGCUGGGAAGCGAAAAUGUAAAAAGUCCUAUUUUUGAAGAAGAUACACCCUCUGUUAUGGAGAUAGAAAUGGAAGAGCUUGAUAAAUGGAUGAACAGCAUGAACAAAAAUGCUGAAUGUGAAUGUCUGCCUACUGUAAAAGAAGAAGAAAAAGAAUCAAUUGUCAACCCAAGGUACUUUUAA